GGGCAAUACAUGUCUCUUUCUCUGUUUCUCAGUUGCCUUUUCUUUAGUAUGAGGGGUGGACAGACGGUCUCAGAGGCCUCUCCCACUAUUUUUCUGUGACUGCAUGGAGUGGCGUGAUGUUAGAAACAGGAUAUGAGGCACUCUAGUAAUGUGGAGACGAACUAUAGUUUGGCAGAGAGGAUGGAAAAAGUCAUUCCAAGAAAAGAGGAAUGGCUUUAGCUAUUGCUGACAGCAGAUAAUCAGGUUAUAAGCAGGCAAGAGUAAGAGGUUUGCCAAGUUAUUGUUGGAAGCAUUUGUCACUGUGACUCAAAUUAAAGUAGAUGGAUAAAAAAGUGGACCAGUGAAGGCCAGUGAAACCUUUCUUUAGGAGUUUUUAUUUAAUCUGUAUUUAAGCAGAUUCUCUGUAAUUCUCUGUAAACAGUUAUUCCCAGAAGAAUGCCAUGAAAUACUUGGGAAAGAGGGAGUGGGCACAAAGCCCAGAGUUGGUUGAAAAGCAAAUGUUUAAUUUUUGUCUUUGUUUGGAAAUACAGGCGUGUCAGCAGGACUUUGUCCCCACUGUCCUUCAGUCAGUAGUGUUGCCACUUCCUGGAGACGUGGUUCUUCUUUUCACGCGGGCUUUUCCUUCUUUACCUGUUACUUCCGUUACUGAAUAAGUUUCAUGCUUAUAGACCUAAACUGUUAGAAUAAUAAAGAAAUUUAGAAACUAUUUAGUCCAUUCUUCCCAUCAUCUAAUUUUAGUCCUGAGACAGAAUGAAACAUAGAUACUCUGUAUGAAGGAGGAAAGUGCUCCAACACUAGAGUCCUUGGAAACAGGACCCAUGCAUCCCGUGUCUGUGUGCAGGGACAUUAUUGGCUUGAGGGAGAGAGAGAAAAAAAUCUCCAGGAAAGGGGAAUGACUUUCAAGUUAAAACUGUCUGAACAUUUAAAAAAUAUAUGAAGUUUUUUUGCAAUUGGCAAUUCCUUCAUUUGUACUAAAAUUACUGACAAAAAUGUGAUGUUCCUUAAUCAUAGAAUAUAAUUCCUUGUUGUAUUUUAAAACACAAAUGACUAAGUACCUAGAUGCGUUCUAAUGAAAUAGUAAUUUUUCCCCCAAACCCUACUUUUUGUUUCAACAAAACUUCCUUGUGCCAAGUUUAAAAGAAAAACAAAAAACUGUCUUUUGGCGUUGUGGGCAGAUUGUGAGUCCUCCAAAGGUUGUCCAGUAAAGGCCCAGAGGCAGAGAAGGGACCUGACUAUAUUCAGAGGCUGCUGGUUGCCCCAGCCCAGCACUACUGCAGAACUCUAAAAUCAGAGGCUGCUCUGUUUGUGUGAGUUGGUGCUUGAAUUGGAGCUUCAGGCCAUGGCGCUGUGUGUAUGCAGGCACAUUUGGGUUGUAUGUUGUGGCGGAGUUCCGCUUUUCGGGACUCAGAGGUGGUGUUGCUUGAGCUAAGUCUGGAAAGACGGGUCUGUUUUCUCCUUGUUUACAAAGGGUUCAAAGUCUGACUCCACCAUUCAUCUGCUGUUUGUUCUUGGAGUUUCCUCAUGAGCAGAGCAUAUUUACAUAAUGCCUACCUCACACAGUUCUGGUGCUGGUUGAAUGUAGUCAUGUAUAUGAGAGCUUCACAAAAUGAAAGACUGCACUGAAUAUUAUAAUGAUUGUGAUUUCAAGUGCAUUUGUUUCACUAGCAGGCAGCCUGUCUUUCUUGACAGCUUCUCAAGUGCAGCCAGACUGAAUACUUGCAGGUAGGUGGAUGACAACCGAGGAUUGAGGAUUUUUAAAAAGAUAACACUGUCCUAGAUCCAACACCACUGUGGGCAAAUGCUGGGGGUCUGUGAAACAGUUGGUACCCUGCUGCUGUCUGAUAUUGGUAACUAUGAGAUCUAUAAAGUGAUCCUGGUGACCUUUGGCCCACUGUUUUUACACAAGCAAUGGAUCUACAGCCCUGCUUUGAUGGUGGAGAUAAGCAAUUUUGCAACUACAUUAUAAGGACCAGACGAUUGAAUGUUCAGGGUUAGUCUCUUGUGGACAGGUAAAGAUGGAAGAAGGAGAAACCCAGGAAACAUAGCAAGCCUACUUUUGGGGGUUAGAAGCUGAGAGGUUGAGUGUAGGGGGAGGGGCAGUGUACUAAUAGCUGUCACACAACCUUCUCUAGAAGUGCUUUCCUGGCUGUAUGAAAUCGAUGGAAUAAUGUGCUUAGCAUCCAUUCAUGAAACCAAAUGAUGUGAUAUGAUACAUAGAAUGUGAUAUGAUAAAUGAUAAAUAGAAAGUCUAGUGGAAAAGCAUCUUACUGGAAGACCAUAUCUUACUCUGUGACAUCUUCCAAGGCAGUUCUUGGAGUUGGCCCAGGGAGAUCAGAGAUGCUAUCUUAUGGAUCCAGACUAUUAUGUGUGAAUAGUGAAACCUCAGUCCUGCCAUGGACAAGAGUAAGCACCACAGACAGCAGAAAAAGGUAACUUUUGGACAGAAGGCCAUGUUUCUCAAACUUUGUCUUCCAGAACAAAUCUCUAAUCUAUUCAGGUAGGUUAAUAUCUAACCCAAUCAUGCCCAGCGAAAAGGUGAAUGACCCUCCUCGUUCGUUCAAGAGCAGUGUCCUUGGUUUUCAUGUCCCUGCCAGGAUUGGGGGUCCUUAGCUCUAUUCUCUCCACCCCCUUAUUAGAACACUAUAUAAUCAGAACCUGGAGAGGCCUCCAGGUUCACACAGCUAGAACCCGUCUCCAGGAACAAACAGCUGGAACCAUCUCCCAUUGAAGGGAAAUUGCCAGGUUUUUGUAAGAUUCUUCCUCCUGGGAGCCUGUGUUGGAAGAGAUGGUGAUGCGCCUGGGCCUUUUCUUGUUGGUCUUCAUGCUGGGUCUGGGUCUGACCCCACCCACCCUGGCUCAGGAUAACCCCAGGUACAGAGACUUCCUGGCCAAGCACUAUGAUGCCACACCACAGGGCCGGAAUGACAGAUACUGUGAAAGCACGAUGAGGAGACGGCACCUGACCUCACCCUGCAAAGACACCAACACCUUUAUUCAUGGCAACAGGCACCACAUCAAGGCCAUCUGUGGAGAUGAGAAUGGAAACCCUUACGGAGGAAACCUAAGAAUAAGCACCUCUAAGGUACUGAUGGCUCUGCAGAGGACCCAUUCAUUGCUUCUGCUUUUGCUGCUGACCCUGCUGGGGCUGGGGCUGGUCCAGCCCUCCUAUGGCCAGAAUGGCAUGUACCAACGAUUCCUGAGGCAACAUGUGCACCCUGAGGAGACAGGUGGCAAUGAUCGCUACUGCAACAUGAUGAUGCAAAGACGGAAGAUGACUUUGUAUCAUUGCAAGCGCUUCAACACCUUCAUCCAUGAAGAUAUCUGGAACAUUCGUAGUAUCUGCAGCACCGCCAAUAUCCAAUGCAAGAACGGCAAGAUGAACUGCCAUGAGGGUGUAGUGAAGGUCACAGACUGCAGGGAUACAGGAAGUUCCAAGGCACCCAACUGCAGAUAUCGGGCCAUGGCGAGCACUAGACGUGUUGUCAUUGCCUGCGAGGGUAACCCACAGGUGCCUGUGCACUUUGACGGUUAGAUGCCACCCUGUAGGGAUUAUCACGAGUGGUUGACCUUACACUUACUCCUUAAAUAGCAGUGAGUAAUGCAUUUGAGCUGUCCCAGGCUCUGUCUCCUCAGCUCAUUUCUUAUUCUUUUUCUCUAUAUAACUCGUUCUAUUAAAUACAUUGCACCAAAGAGAAAUGGAGACAUAAACCUAUAAUGAACGAGGCUGGGCUUUUCUGUAAUAAGCUUCCUUUUAUAAUACUGCUCAGCUUAGCUCUCUCAGAUCCUAUCCUGUGGAAUUUAGUUAUUAUGUGUAUUUAUGUAGUAUUUCAAACAUUUCAAAAAUGCUUUCAUCUAUGUUUAUCACAUUUUAAUACCACAGCACUUAUAAUGAUGUCAUUACAUAUAGAAGCUCAAAGUUAAGGGAUUUGCUGAAGACUAUAAAACUACUGGAAGAAUUGAGACAAAAAUCCAGUGUAGCUGGCCACUUAUUCAGGGCUUUUUCUACUUCAUCACAAGGAAUGUUUUUAAAGUCUCUGCUUUUUUUUAAUCCUUAAAAUUCACCUGUCCAGGGAGGCAUUAAAAAUUUGGCAAUGUAUGCCAGCAAAAUGUGAGCUCUGUAUUUUUUGGCAUUGUUAUGUUUGGGUUGAAUGAGAUUAAGAAAAUGAUAUUGGGAAUUUUCUUUUUCCUGAACCUUUGAAUCACCCUAGUAAGUCAAAGUAUUAAAAAAAGUACUAGAUCAUUAAGACUCAUGUGCUCUUGCUGACUGAAAGAUUUUUUGUUUUUCUUGUAAUAAAGGACUUAAACUGAAGGUACCUGA